UCUACUCCGGGAAAUUCACCGAAACGCGCGGUUACCCAAACAGUCACUCUUGCACAGAUCCAACACGUAUUUAAGAAGGCUCUCCGCCAGACCGGGCGUUGACCAACUUCUUCAGAUAAUAUAUCACAUACAACUAUUAUGGGCAAAUUUUCUGAAUCUCCACGCGGCCUUAUCGUCAGCGUCAUCAACCAUGCUACAAAAGAGCUUGACGAGCUAUGUGAGAAGCAGGCUAUCGCGUACAGCCAGUCGAAAACCAGAGACCAGUUUUUUGAGGACUGCAAGACUAAAUAUAGCAAAGUGGAAGUUGUCAUGAUCGGUAACUCGACUGUUGGUCCUUACGACAAGGAGUUUGUCGACAAUCUUCCAUCCGGCGUAAAGCUUAUCACUUAUCAUGCUGCGGGAUACGACGGGUUAGAUGUGGAAGCUUGCACCGCUCGAGGAAUCCGCGUAUCCAACACGCCCACGGCUGUUGAUGCAGCGACGGCCGACGUUGCUUGCCUUUUGAUUUUGAGUGCGUUCCGUAACUCCACUCAAGCAGAACGCAAUUUGCGUGAAGGUCGCUGGAGACAUGGCGUUACAAUGGGCAACGACCCUGAAGGCAAGACAUUGGGUAUCUUGGGUCUCGGAGGCAUUGGCAAGGCGGUAGCCAAGCGCAUGGCCGGCUUUGACAUGAAGAUCCAAUACCACAACAGAACGCGCCAGUCUCCUGAAGUCGAAAAGCAAUACAACGCGACCUAUGUCGAUUUCGAGACGUUGUUGAGGACUUCUGAUUGUAUCUUUGUCAGUAUUCCUCUCAACAAAGCGACGUACCACCUUUUGGACUCACCUCAAUUCACAAUGAUGAAGGACGGCGUGGUUAUCGUCAACACCGCGCGUGGCAAGGUGAUUAACGAGUCAGCAUUGGUCAACGCGUUAGAGAAUGGCAAGGUUUCGGCAGUCGGUCUUGAUGUUUUUGAAGGAGAACCGAAAGUGAUUCAUCCAGGACUGCUCGCACACCCACGCUCGGUGCUGUUGCCGCACAUUGGCACGUAUAGCCAAGAGACGAUGUACAAGAUGGAUGUCGUCUGUCUGCAGAACUUUGAAGCUGCUUUGACUUCCAAUACCCUGGUCAACCCCAUUCCCGAACACAAGCAUCUGUUCCAGUAGAAGCAGUUGAUAUCAGUCAUUGUAUCUCGGU